AUGUAUCUCUAUUUACAUUACAAUGAGAUCGGUGAAGAAGGCGCAAAAUCUCUCUCGCAACUUUUGGAGAAAAAUGGAACACUCCUCGAGCUAAAUCUAUGUGGAAAUAGCAUCGGUGAUAAGGGAGCGCAGUAUCUCGCUCAGGCAUUAGAAAAAAAUGAGACUCUUACCAAAAUGGAUCUUGGCUCCAAUGGAAUCAGUGAUGAAGGAGCAAAACAUAUAGCUAAAUGCUUGCAAAACAACAAGGUAACACAUUCCUCUUCUCAUCAGCUCUAUGAUGAAUCUCUUCGAUAUAUCAUACAGGCACUCGAAUCCAUGGGACUCUAUAUCAAUGAAAUCAGUGCAGAGACAAUUGAAGAAAUAAAGGAAAUCCUGAAGACAAAUGAAAAACUAACCAUCACUUGGUGA